AUGCAGCAUCCUCCGCUAUUUCCUUUUCCAAUUCCAAGCCCCGAAAACAAUAGAAGAAACUGUGUCAUAGCUUUCACCACUCCUCAAAACUACGCUGGAAGAUUAUCUGAGCUCAUACAACUCAAAGGUUGGACACCUCUUUGGUGUCCAACAGUCAUUGUUGAAUCUACUCAACUAACUAUCUCUUCCAUUCAUCAGUACUUACAUCCUAUCACCAAUGAACCCAACUCACUUCUUGAAGAAUUUUCAGCUCUUGCAUUCACUUCAAGAACUGGAAUCACAGCUUUUUCACAAGCUUUGUCAAUCAGCCCCAGACCCCCUUUAACCCCAAAUGGAGAAAUCCUCACAAUUGCAGCUUUAGGUAAUGAUUCUGAGUUACUGAAUCAAGAUUUCAUUGGAAAAAUAUGUGAAAACACUGAAAGAAUUAGAAUCUUGGUUCCUCCAAUUGCAACCCCAUCAGGGUUAGUGGACGCACUAGGAUUAGGCCAAGGAAGAAAAGUGUUAUGCCCAGUUCCUGUAGUGAUUGGGUUGGAUGAGCCACCUGUUGUGCCUAAGUUUCUUGAUGAUUUAUCCAAAAGGGAGUGGAUUCCAGUGAGAUUAGAUGCAUACGAGACACGGUGGGCUGGAGCGAAAUGUGCGGUGGAUGUGGUGACAAAGAGUGAAGAGGAGUGUGGAUUUGAUGCAAUUGUGUUUACUAGUACUGGUGAAGUGGAGGGGUUGUUGAAGAGCUUGAGGGAAUUUGGAUUGGAUUGGGAAAUGGUGAGGAGGAGAUGUCCAAGAAUGGUGGUGGCGGCGCAUGGACCGGUUACUGCUGCUGGUGCUGAGAGUUUGGGUGUUGGCAUUGAUGUGGUGAGUUCUAAUUUUGGUAGCUUUCAUGGUGUUGUGGAUGCACUUUCUCAUAAAUGGAAAUCAUUGGAGAAUCAAGAAUCUUGA